AUGCUGUCGCACGACACAACCGCCAAACUCCGCUCGCUCGUCGAACAGGCCUGCGGCGUCAAUACAGGCACUACCACCGAAAAACAUUUAAAACCACUCAGCUUUGCAUCCGUCGUAAUCGUGAGCAAAGAGUCGAAAUCAGAUCGACCAGAAGAAGUAUUUGCAUAUGCAGCUGGUCGACCGAAGCUAUUAUCCGGAAAUGCUACUGACGUCGAUGCAAAGAAUUCGAUCUAUUGGAUGGCAUCAUUUACAAAACUAGUAACGGCAAUCGCCUGCAUGCAAUUAGUCGAACAAGGGAAGUUAGCGCUCGAUGAUGCGGAUCAGGUUGAGAGGCUGUGUCCUGAGUUGAGGGACGUCAAGUAUUUGGCGGAUGAUGGGACACUCGAGCAGAAAUCGGGUCGUAUUACAUUGAGAAUGUUACUUACUCAUACAGCUGGCUUCGGAUACACCUUCACCAACGAAAAAUUACGUGACUGGGUAGGCAAUCGAAACCCUCCAAUCUCACCAGCCCGCCAGCAGUUUUGGAACCAACCACUUGUCAAUCAGCCAGGCGCAAAAUUUGAAUAUGGGAUCAGCCUGGACUGGGCGGGUUUCCUAGUCGAACGAGUCACCGGCACGAGGUUGGACGAGUAUAUGCAACGUUACAUCUUUGAGCCGUUAGACAUCAAGGAUAUGUCAUUCUUUCCUGAUGGCGACAUGAAAUCGCGAGUUUUGGCCAUGGAGCAACGGCUUCCUGAUGGACAUCUGAAAGCGCGGGGUCAUGCAUGGAAGUAUGCACUCCACGUUCAAGACCACAAUAAGCCCGACACAGUACGCAGCGGAGGUGCUGGUUUAUUCGGAAGUCCGCGAGAGUAUGCCAAAAUCCUGGCAAUGCUUCUCAACAACGGCGUAUCAACAACAACCGGAAAACAAAACCCCAAUUACGCACGACAGUAUGUMCCCGCCGCAGAACCAGAGCUCGUGUAUCCAUCAGAUGGAUACUACGGACUGGCGCCUCCUCAAAUGCCUCAAGGAUGGGGUCUAUCGUUCAUGAUUUCGCCCAGUGUGACGGGUCGGUCUGAUAAUACAGCGCACUGGUCAGGUAUGUCUAAUAUGUUUUGGUGGUGUGAUCGGGAAAAGGGCGUUGCUGGAAUAGUUGCUUCUCAGGUGCUGCCGUUUGCAGACCCGGAGGUUGGUAAGCUCUGGGCGAAGGUGGAAGCUGCUGUUUAUGAGAAGACUGGUAAGUUGUGA